AUGAGAAAGCAAGUAGUUGAUAUAGUUAAUAACAGAUAUUUAUCUAUAACUCAAGUUUUUCAAUGCCUUCAUCUUGCACCUUCCAUGGUUAAAAGCAUUGUGGAUCACUUUGAUAAAGAGGAUCGAAUUGUUUUUAAACCAUGUGGUGGUGACAGAAGAUCCAAACUAAAUUCCGAGCAUAGAAUUUUUUUAAAAACACAAAUGGAAAUAAAUCCAAGUAUCACGAUUAAUGAAUUGCAUCAAAAUCUUCUUGAACGAUUUUCUGAUUUACAA